CAGGUAUUUCGGAUGAAUCUAGCUGUCAGUUAUCUAAGUAGGUUUAAAAUACAAUAAUACAAAUUCAGAGUAGGUAUUUAAACAAAAGUAACACUAAAAAUUUUCAAGUAUCCAAUUUAUCUACAUUAUGUGAAUUCCAUUCAAUUGUGAUUAGAAAUCUUAAAAAAAAAUAAUGUUUCUCUUUUAAUACAAAUAAAACUUUAACCGAAAUAUGUUGGUUUAAGUUUAGACGGUGAAUGGCUUACUGGCACCAAUGUGGAUCCGGAAUUUGUUGCGGUCAAUGCUAUUAGGAGUACCCAUCGGCGUCACAUUUCUUGAUACCAUCGGCUAUGUGGCGAGGGUUGAAGGUAUAUCUAUGCAACCAGCACUUAAUCCGGAGUCUAAAAAUACAGACUAUGUUUUUCUAUCAAGAUGGGCAGUGAAAGAUUAUAGCAUUCAUAGGGGAGACAUAAUUUCUCUUGUGUCUCCUAAAGAUCCAAAUCAGAAAAUUAUAAAAAGAGUAGUUGCACUAGAAGGUGAUAUUGUGAGUACAUUAGGUUAUAAGAACCAGUAUGUGCGUGUGCCAGAAGGUCAUAUCUGGGUGGAAGGAGAUCAUACUGGACAUACUUUAGAUAGUAAUACUUUUGGUCCAGUUUCUUUAGGAUUAGUAAAUGCAAGAGCUAUUUGUAUAGUCUGGCCUCCUGAGCGCUGGCAAGCCCUUGAAGCAAAGAUUCCUAACCACAGAAAACCAGUGAGCACACAAAAAUGACAUAUUAUCUAUAGUAUAGAACUUUCUUCAUGUCUUUGUUAAAUAAAAAUUUGUGCAAUAUUUAUUUCAGUGUAAGUUGAAGCCCAAAUGUAAAUAAAAAUUAUUUUCUCAUCACUUAUCUAGUCUAAUUGUAUGUUAUUUGUUGUUAGAAUAUUUCAACUCACUGCCAUAUCAAAAAGCUAUGUAUUAUAUAUAGAAGGAAAGUAAACCAAUUGCUAUACUCUGA